CUUGACGCGGUAAAAGUAAACAAGAGGUUAUGGAGUUGUUUUGAUUCUCGUGUUGCAUAAAGUUAAGAAUUAUGUUACAAAAGAUAUCAUGUGUCCUACUUAUACCGGACUUAAAUGUUACUUCUUGUCGCCAUAGGACUCAUAAGUAAACUGAUUCGAGUUGAAACCUUAUUUUUACCACAGCCAUUUUCAAUUUCAUUUGAAGAUAAUGCAGAGUUUAAAAUCGAUGUCCCAAUAAAUGAAGAUGAUUACGAGAUGAUAGAUCUGAGACAUGUAGCUAAAGUGGAUAUCAGUGAUAAGCUCCAAGAAUUAAAAAAAAUAGCCAGUAUGGAAUACGCGAGGACUCAGGGAGGUGGCAGAACCAUCAGGGAGUGGCUCGCAGGGACGGAACCAACAGUGCCUUCCGAGUUGACUAUUGAGGUUCCCGAACCCGAAAUUCAGCUAUUGACUACCUAUGUACCCCCACUAACGCAUAAGAAUCCGCUAAACAAAAGAGAACUGGACAGUAGGACCGAGGAAGAAGUGUACAACUACAUACAGCUGCUAGAGGAUUACUAUGAAGACGCCGUGCAGGAGGCCGCGGCGAAUGGCAGCUACCACCCCGGCAGCCAGGAUAAAUCGGAAAGCAACUUGAUGCACGUGUUGAAGCAACUCAUCAACUUCGACACCGACACCCGCAACUGCACUGAAGAGGAGAUCAAGAACAUCGGGAUCAAGGCUUUGAACUGCAUUUACCAAGAGUCGGUGAACCAGACUGAAGACCCAACGCUGUUGGCCGAGAGAUUCGGCAGGAUCGUCAAGAUAUGGUUCUUUGUUUACGUCGCAGUCGCGGUGCCUUUGUGGUGCACGAAGGGUUGGUGCUGCUGCUGCCUAUUCUGCGAGCUAUGCCGCCCGCGCGCCCGCAUCGCGCGCUGCCGGCGGUACCUCGCCGCGCACCCCCCCGGCGCCCUGCGCACCCCCCGCGGACACCUUGCCUACCAGCCAACCGCCGCCGAGCUGGAUGCGCACGCCGAGUUCGAGCAUGCGGUUAGGAUGGUCUAGUUUAAGACGUGAUAAAUAAAAUUUGGAUGUUCCCUGA